AUGGCUUCCUCAACCCGAACCAGGCCCACAAUUGCGCGUAGCCCUUACUCAUCUGACGACUCGCAAGAACACCGCGCAAGAGGCAAAUCUAAUGCCACAAGAAGGCGGGUGCAUCGGGUACGGGCAGAUUCCAGCCCUGACAGCACCGAUCGCUCCAAGCCAGAUAGAGAGAUGAUUCCAUCCGAACCACGAAUCUACCCCGGCGUGGUUUCAAGGCGUCGACGCCAUCUCCGUACUGAGAGACACUCCUCUUCGGACGAGGAUGACUCUCAAGGCAGACCGCGCGGGUUUAAUUUCUCUGACCCGGACAAGGUUUUACACGAGUUUGCACGCGCCACUGAAGAGUCUGUGGUGGGAGCCGCAACCAAGUUCCCCGUGUACCGCGGGCGGCGUCGAGCUCAAAGCCAAUAUAGUUCUGAAGGCACCGUUUCAUCAAAAGUGCAACUCCCGGCGACCUUUGUGCCGCCACCGCGAGAUUACAGCAGUGAUUACAGCAGUGAUUCAUCCGGAGUCCAGGUCUCGCCGCCUUCAGCCGUCUCGCCGCCUUCAGCCUAUAGCGAUCUGGAUGAGAAUGGUGUCCAUGUUUCGCCGUACGAAGACGACGGUUAUCAUCCCCGUCGUGCAGCUGGGUUUCAUACGCCGCAGGACCCAUCAUUGAGAGAGGGAGACUCAACCUCGGCUGGUGAGAGCGAACCUGAGCAUGAAGCACGCCGGCGGCCACGGAGGAGUCGCUCACGCCGGCGGCCACGGAGGAGUUACUCACGCCGGCCGCCACGGAGGAGUCGCUCUCGGUCCACCCGCAGUACGGCUUCGAGUAUUGCGGUCAAGUCUACGAUCUCUGAAGAUCUGUCUCGGCAUGAUAGGGAUCAGGGCGCUAAGUUGCGGUAUUUGUCGCGGAAGCUGGAGCGGUCUGGGUUGGGGUUGAGGGGGGCGGCGUUGCGGUGA